AUGGGUGGUGGUGAGAGAAGUCAGAGUAGCUCAAGUAGGAACAACUCUGCAGGGAGACCUUAUGUCAGCAAAGAAAUGCGCAAUAGGGGAGGUAAGAAUGCCGUUUUCUAUAAUUGUGGGCUUCGAACGGUGAUGAAGUACUCAACGACGGCAGAAAAUCCUAGUAGACCAUUUUAUGGUUGUCCGAACUAUGAGUAUGGAAUUCAUUGUAAUUUUUUUCGCUGGACUGAUGGAUGUGAAGAACCAGUUUGUGCAACACCUAUUCCACAAGAAGUUUUGCAUGAGUUAAAUUGGAGAAUGACAAGCUUGGAGAGUGAUGUUAAGACAGUGAAGAUGAUGACAAUGGUGCUGCUGGCUUUUGUAGUUACUUUUGGUGUGUGUUUAGGUGUUAGCUUGUUGGGGUUUAUAUUCAACAAAUGA